AUGAUAUCCGGAACAAGUCCAAGACCACAUCUUACGGCUAGCGAUCAGUACCCUCCAUUAAAGCCCAAGGGAGAAAUUCGAGUUUUAUCCGUCAUAGAGCCGCAAAGUCACCGGUAUGAACUGAUAUCAAUCAACUACGCUCAAUCAGCCCCACCUCCAUAUGUGGCGCUAUCCUACGCUUGGGGUGAGCAUGACAGUGCACUAGGCUUUCCCACGCGUAAUAAGAUCUGGAUAAAUGGCAAGCCCUACGAGAUCCGAUCAAACCUUUUCGCGUUCCUCGCCCAAUGGGGUCCUAGUCUUAACCAGAAAAACAUAUAUCUAUGGGCCGACGCCGUGUGUAUUGACCAGGACAACCUUGAGGAGCGCGAGAGUCAGGUUGCACAGAUGCGGGAAAUAUUUACAAGAGCGAAAGCCGUCUGGGCCUGGUUAGGG